UAUUGCUCUAUCAGUCUUCACCAACUCCCUUUAAAACCCCCCACUCCUCACUUCCUCUUCUCUAACAAUAAAAUCCUUCUCUCCCUCCCUCCCUCCCUCCAAGUCUCUCCCCUCGUUCUCUCUCUGUAUUCGCCAUUGAAGCUCAGUUCUUUUCUUCAAUAAUAAUAACGAAAUAUACAUAAAAAUUGAGGAAAGAGGAACAACAUGGACCCCAUUUCAAGCUCAAGAAGGCCUUGUUUCAUCGAAGAAGAUGAUGGUUUGGCUUCGCUUGCCGAUAUGGAAGCUGGGUUCUCGGGUAAUCACCACCCGUUUUACUCUAGACCCCUCUGCUCUUCGAGGAAGAGUAGUUUCAGGAGCCUUUCCAUGCCUUCAUCUUCUUCUUCGUUUUCCCCCAGAUCUGGAAGGUUUUAUGAUGCCAGAUUUGAAGAGCCUCAACCCCAUUUCUUGGAAGCCUGUUUUCUCUGCAAGAAACAUCUGGGUGAUAACAGAGACAUCUUCAUGUACAGAGGUGACACACCAUUCUGUAGCGAAGAGUGUAGAGCUGAACAGAUUGAAAUAGACGAAGCUAAAGAGAAGAACCGUAACUUCUCUUCCAUGAAAGCUUUGAGAAAAAAGGAGCAGAGAAAAUCUUCUUCUUCCCCAAACAAAAGCCGGGACUACCCUUUCCGCACAGGAACAGUUGCAGCCGCUUAAAAUCUGAUUCAAAGAGAAAUAAGUAUAAUAAAAAUAGUAGAAAUAAUAAUAUAUACCCGGAAAAGGAAAAGGAAGACGCAAGACUUAAACUUGUUGUUUUGGUUAAAAUUUUCCACUAAGAACAGGGCCAAGGAGAGAAAGAAGAAGAAGAAGAAGACGACGGCGGUGUUGAUAGAUGAAAAAGAAUCAUGAAGAAGAAAGGUUUUGGUUUAUGUUAGGUUUGGAUGUGUUCUUGUAUAGAGUGUUGUUGACAAGUGUGAUUUUGUUACUUUGAUCUGCUCUAUGAGAUGGCUCUUCUUUUGGGGUCCUUUCCCCUCUCUUUCCUUCUUUUUUCCCCCUUUUUUUGUUUGUUAAAUUUGUAUGGUAAUGAUAUGACAGAAGCUUCAUCAGCCUUUAAUGGCGGAAGCUGAGAAUGAAAUGAAUAGCAAAGCAAAGUUUCAUGUUC